GAGGGGGAGGGACAGGCAGGGUUGUCUCCUCCGCAGCCUGUUGCCUGAGUUAUAUUCACAAAUGCCUCGGGAGCAGCAGGUUGGCUGCAUCCUUCUCACAUUCCUAGGUCUGUCCGGACUGGUUGGCGCAGUUACCAGAACAUACUACAUCGGGAUUGUGGAAGAGUACUGGAACUAUGUACCCCAAGGGAAGAACGUUAUCACCGGGAAAAGUUUCACAGAAGACAAACUUGCAACCUUAUUUCUCGAAAGAGGGCCCAACAGGGUAGGAGGUAUUUACAAGAAGGCCAUUUACAGACACUACAAAGAUGGGACCUAUUCCACAGAGAUCCCCAAACCAUCCUGGCUGGGAUUCCUGGGCCCCAUCUUGAGAGCUGAAGUGGGUGAUAUCAUUGUCAUUCAUUUGAAGAACUUUGCUUCCCGGCCUUACUCUUUGCAUCCACAUGGUGUUUUCUACAACAAGGAUUCGGAAGGAGCUCUGUACCCAGAUGGGACAUCUGGGAAGAACAAGGAUGAUGACAUGGUUCCUCCUGGCAAAAACUAUACCUAUGUUUGGCCAGUGAGGGAAGAAUAUGCACCUGCUCCUGCAGACGCCAACUGUCUCACCUGGGUGUACCAUUCCCACAUUGACGCCCCCAAGGACAUCUGCUCUGGGCUAAUUGGCCCACUGCUUGUGUGUAAGCAAGGUGUCCUAAAUAAGUAUUCAGGGACAAGGACUGACGUAGACCGAGAGUUCAUUAUAAUGUUCACCCUGGUAGAUGAGAACCAAAGUUGGUACCUUGAUGAAAACAUCAGACAUUUCUGCACUGAGCCUGAUUCAGUCGACAAAAAAGAUGCUGUUUUCCAGAGGAGUAACAAAAUGCAUGCCCUCAACGGAUUCCUUUUUGGAAAUUUCCCUGAGCCCGAAAUGUGCGUUGGUGAAUCAGUAUCCUGGCACCUGUUUGGAAUGGGGAACGAGAUAGACAUCCAUUCCAUCUAUUUUUAUGGCAAUACCUUCAUCAGCAGAGGACACCGGACUGAUGUCGUCAACCUGUUUCCAGCCACCUUCCUGACUUUGGAAAUGAUAGUUGAGAAUCCUGGGAAGUGGAUGAUAACCUGCCAAGUCAGUGACCACUUACAAGCUGGCAUGCUGGGGCAAUACAAUGUUGGUACCUGCAACAGUUUUAUCUCCAACUCCAAGAUGAUGGGUAAACAGAGGCACUACUUUAUUGCUGCUGAAAAAAUUCUUUGGGAUUAUGGUCCUCAGGGCUACAACAAAUUCAAUGGUCUGCCCCUAAAUGCUUCUGGCAGUGAUUCUGAGCCUUACUUCACACAAGGGGACAACAGAAUUGGAGGAAAGUACUGGAAGGCUCAAUAUAUUGAGUAUACUGACGGAAGUUUUACACGACGAAAGAGACUCUCAAAGGCGGAAGACCAUCUCGGAAUUCUUGGCCCAGUCAUCAAGGCAGAAGUGGGUGAUACCGUGUUAGUGACCUUUUCCAACAAAGCAGACAAGGUCUACAGCAUUUUGCCUCAUGGUGUACUCUAUGACAAGGGAUCAGAUGCAGCCCCAAACAUAGACGGGUUUCUGAAACCAGGGGCACAUGUGAAGCCUGGGGAAACCUUCACAUACAGGUGGACCGUCCCUGAAAGUGUCAGCCCAACAGCUGGUGACCCACCCUGCCUGACUUAUAUUUACUUCUCAGCAGUCCAAACAAUCAAGGACACCAGUGCUGGCCUCGUGGGGCCUUUGUUGAUUUGUAAAAGGGGUGUUCUCAAUGCUGAUGGCACACAGAAAGGAAUAGACAAGGAAUUUUACCUCCUGUUCACGGUCUUUGAUGAGAAUCUGAGCAGGUAUCUUGAUGAAAACAUUCGGAAGUUUACCUGGCGACCUUUCAGUGUUGACAAAGAAGACAAAGAAUUCGUGAAAUCCAACAGAAUGCAUGCUAUUAAUGGCUAUAUGUAUGGUAACCAGCCAGGCCUAUCAAUGUGCAAGAAGGAUCGAGUCUCCUGGCAUAUGAUGGGAAUGGGCACUGACACUGACAUGCACGGAGUUUAUUUCCAAGGGAACACAAUCCACCUCCGUGGGACUCACCGUGACACCCUAGCCCUGUUCCCCCACAUCUCCACAACAGCAUUCAUGCAGCCAGACCGUGCAGGCAUUUUCAGGGUGUUUUGCUCCACUAUGCACCACUUCAACAAAGGCAUGGAUCAGAUCUACGAAGUCAACAGCUGCAGCAACAAGGACCCGUCUGAGCAGCCAUAUGGGAUGAUAAGAACCUUUUACGUCGCUGCUGAAGAGGUAGAAUGGGAUUAUGCCCCUAACAAAAACUGGGAGUUCGAAAAGCAGCACUUGGACGCAGGAGGGGAAAGACAUGGAGAUAUAUUUAUGAACCACACUGACAAUUGGAUUGGCUCUCAGUACAAGAAGGUGGUUUACAGGGAAUACACCAAUGGGGAGUUUGUGGAGAUCAAAGCCCGUCGGCCAAGAGAGCAGCACUUAGAACUUCUGGGUCCUAUGAUUCACGCAGAGGUGGGCGAUUCCAUCCUGAUCAUAUUUAAGAACAAAGCCAGCCGGCCCUAUUCCAUCGCAGCCCAAGGCGUGGAGGACUCGGAUGGUGGGAAGCGACUUCAGGUACCCAUCACAAAGCCAGGAGAAAUAAGAACUUACCGCUGGAAUAUCCCUAAAAGGUCUGGCCCAGGGCCCUCUGACCCAAAUUGCAUUCCGUGGGUUUACUAUUCAACAGUGAACUUUGUUAAGGAUACAUAUAGUGGUUUGAUGGGCCCUCUAAUUACAUGCCGAGAAGGAGUGCUGAAUGAAAAGGGAAGGAGGACGGAUGUUGAUUAUGAAUUUGCACUCUUGUUUUUGGUAUUUAAUGAGAAUGAAUCCUGGUAUCUAGAGGACAAUAUUAGGAAAUACCUCAAUAAAGACCCACGGGAUUUUAAGCACACUGAUGAUUUUGAAGAAAGCAACAGAAUGCAUGCAAUUAAUGGGAAGAUUUUUGGGAAUCUCCAUGGACUCAUAAUGAAUGAAGAUACAAUGACAAACUGGUAUUUGUUAGGAAUUGGAAGUGAAGUGGACAUUCAUACUGUUCAUUAUCAUGCGGAGAGCUUUCUUUUCAAAACAGAUAAAUCUUACCGAGAGGAUGUGUAUGAUCUCUUUCCCGGGACAUUCCAAACCAUCGAACUGUUUGCAGAUCACCCUGGGACGUGGCUGAUACACUGUCAUGUGUCUGACCAUAUCCAUGCUGGCAUGGAGACAACCUACACAGUGCUCCGGAACAUAGACAACAGGAUUCCUUAUUCUCCCAAGGACCCUUCUGAAGAGGCACCUCCUUCUGCCACUGUGCCCUCCGAUGAAAAGGAGCAUCUCUAUUUCUUUGGCCAGAACCUGGGUCCCCGAGGAGCCAAGGCGGCCUUGGUCAUCCUCUUUAUCACCGGCCUGGCUCUCAUGGCAGCCACAGCGGUUCUCUCGGUGAGACUCCACUCCGUGAGGAGGCAGAUGACAUACCAGGCAGUGCAGUCCUGUGCUCUCCCCACGGACACUCUGUGA